AAUACCCACUGGUCACCCAGGCGCUGUGGACGCGUACUGCUUGAAUAAGCUCCACUCGCCGCUGUCAUGCUGAAAACACACUGCUCCUGUGGAUUUGCAAAAUUGGAGGAAUGAUGAAUGAAUAAAACACAGCGUGGAUACCCGACAAACGCUGUGUAAACCGUCAGCAGUUUUCUUCAAUCAGCCGUCAAUAACAAGCGUUCAAGACGGACGGCGUACAGGAGCACAGAGGGAGAAUCCGCGCCAACAUGAGGGAACGGGACUUUAUGCCAAACAUGGAAAGGGGCAAACCGGCGACAUACACAGGAGACAAAAAAGCUAAAAUGGCUGCUAAAACCAAUAAAAAGUGGGUGAGACUGGCUACUGUUUUCGCAUAUGUCUUGUCGGUGUCGUUGGCUGCUAUAAUACUGGCUAUUUAUUACAGUUUGAUAUGGAAACCAACGUCUGCUUCAGUGUCUGGACGGUCCGAUGUUUUGAUGACGACUACAGUUAUGGCUAUAAACACAAGUAACAUCUCAGUAAGUGACGUGUCUACUAAGGUGAAUAAUACAUCACUGGUUAGCCCGAAAUCAACACAAACAACAUAUGACCUGUCCACUUCUCAAAUGCAUUGGGGUGAUAAAAAAGGUCAUGAAGGCCUUAUUGAUAUCCCCACAACAAAAAUGAAGAAAACCGACCAAGCAGGGACAUCUGCCUCAACACACAUUCAAAGAAAAUCAGGACUUUUCAGUACAGCAGAAGUUAGCCAUGUGUUGAAAACUAGUGUUCUAGUAGCAGGUGAGUCAAGUGAGGCUUUGUUGGCACGUGGAGCCACAUCAUCUUCCAAACAAACCGUCUAUGGCAGUUCUGGAUAUGAUGCCAGUAAGAAUUGGGGUUUAGUCUCUCCCACAACUGACCAGGCAUCCUGGACAAGCUACAGUGCAGGACCUGACGUCUCCUCUUUGACAGAACGUGGUCUGGACUUAAUGGAGGGCUCGUCUGCGUUGCAGGAGGAGUUGGUUACCAAGGACACAGAGAAUCCAAUUGGUGUGUGACACCAGAUUGUUUGUGUGGCAUGUAAUUAUAUGACAUUAGAGGCGAUGACUGGGCAGA